AUGUGCUUCACGCAGAUUAAAGAAUCAAAGCCAAAAAGUAAGGGCAAAGGACCGGUUGCUAGCAGGAAAAACACUCGAGACAUGAAACGACUGUGCAAGUAUCUCGAAAAUAAACGAAUUCUGCGAGAAUUGCCAUUCAGUUCUCUUCGGGACAGUCAGUUUCGUUCAAUAUGUGAUAAUUCGUGUGUUCUACGAACUGAGCUGAAAAAUCUAAAAAUUCAAAUAUGCAAUGCAAAUAAAGAGAAAAGGAGUUUGACGGCCGAAUUAACAAAAGCCGAAUCUGAAAUCAAAAAACUUCAAAAUCAAAAUAUGGUUAUGAAAAAGAAGAUGCAAGAACAAUCUAACAAUUCUAAUGAUAACAUCUAUCGUGAGAAAAUUCGCAAAUUGGAAGACGACGCGCACGGUGACAGAGUGAUUAUGGACUUAAUGCAGAGGAAAUUGAACGAGAUCGGAAAGGAACAUAAUCAGUAUGUAAUGCAAAUUCAGGCAGAAGCUGUGAAAACAACCAAACAGUUAAGGGAAGAAAACAAAGCCCUGCUACAGACCAUCCGAACAUUGGAAAAUGAAAAGGAUCAUUUGCUCGCCUUGUUUGUGGAAAAUAAACAACGAUAUCAACCACGUAGACAUCAGGGAAGACCAAGAAGAGGCCAGUUUUAUUGA